CGGAAUAUAGAGUUGUGGCCGUGGCCUUGUUUGUGGAUGCUGCGCGUAUGUUGAAUACUGUUUGGAUGGUCUGCGUAGUAUUACUGGCCUUGUGACUGAGAGUACAUCAAUACGAUGGCGAAGGAACAGAAUAAAAUGUGCAGUCAUGUGUAUGACUCUUACUGUCUCCGGAUUUCGUUUAACCCAAUUAUGGGUGUGGAUGAAGAUAUACAAGCAUUCACUGAAGAAUUCUCUGAUCUUGGGAGUCCUCGUUUUGUAGAUUUCAGUGAGCUUUGGAAGCAGCAUAAAAUGAUCCAUUUAAUUCAUGGCAGACAAAACCAACACGGUUUAUAUGACAUACUUGGUUGUGUAUUUCACCGAUUGGUUGAUUUGUUUCAACCUGCUGCACCCAAAAACAAGUUAGUACGCAUAUGUGCACUUUAUUUGUUGUAUGCUUUCCACGGUAAGCAGCCUAUCCGCAACCAUGUACGCAUACGUGUGUGUCCCGUAAGUUGGCUUUGGAUUCUACAAGUUGUCACAGAGGCUCGUGAUGAGGGGCAUCUAGAUGUCUAUUAUGUAUUCCGAAAGCUGUGUGCUGCUAAUGCUUUUCAUUUUUGUGCCACGCGCCAGGUGUUUUACCCAGGAGCACCUCUCUUCGACAGCCCUGUUGUAAAGCAAAGUGAGACCACGGAAGGCAACAUAUCGCCACCUGAAAAUAUUUCCGAAACUGUGAAACCUGGUUUCAGUCAACGUCGUGACCUCCUCACUUGUUCUCUCCCUGUUGUGAAAGCUAUUCAAUCUUCAUCAGGAAUAGACCAAGCAGUUCAGUGUCUUAAUCUGAGUUUGUCACGUUAUGCUGAAGCUAAGAGAUCACUUACACAAAAACUUAAAGUAACUGGUGAAAAUGUGGACUUACAUUCGUUUAGAGAUCAGGAUAACCCAGACACUGAAGAAAAAGAAGAUGAAUUUCUACCCGGUUUAAACUUUGUUAAUUUCCCUGAUUCCUUAAAUCGUAUCGAGAUGCUUGCAAUGGAAUUAGAAAAAUUGAUAAAACAGAAUGAAGUAAAAUUUUGUACUAUUCGUAGGACGAAAUACAAUAUAUCCAGUCCUUCAGCCGAUGAAUCUCCAAAUCAAAAUGUGCAAAUUCCAACUGAUGACGACCAUUUUGAAACUCCAUGUCCUGGUAUUGUUGUAGGUUCUGUGAUAGUUGAAAAUAAGAGUGAAAAGCAUAAAAAUGUCAAAAAAACUUCUGGGCUUCAGUCACCUAACAAGAAUAACUCUGUGAAACAGUCACUUAGUCGUUUGUCCUCGAAAACUAAAGUUUUAAAUUCAGUUCGAAAAUCUGAGGAGAAAGUAAACGAAAGAGAAGAAAAGGUGGACGAAACUCUUGAUUGGGGUGAAAGAAUUCGAUUACUUAAGAGACCUUCGACCUGGGUCAAAGAAUUAGCAGAACAGGCUGAAGGCGUGCAGAAAUAUGGCUGCCGUAGAAGUAGGCGACGUCCAACAGAACCUAAGGUUAUUACCACGUCUACAAGUCGAAAACAACAACGAAGAUCGUUACUAUGAAUAAUUGUCAUCUGUGUACACAAUAUUGUAUCUAUUUCCAAAGCAUAUUUUUGAAUAAAAAUUUAAAGCUAUUCAACAAAUAGUUUUUUGAGUUUUUAAUUUUUGAGUGCGUGUUUUUUUA